AUGGAGAUAGAUCCACAUAGAAUUCUUAUUUAUUGGUACGGAAAAGUACAGAGUGUGCGAAUAUUUCCCAAAUCAAAUUCCGCAUCCGGAUUGUUAUCUACCGAAAGCAACAACAAUAACAAUGGUACAACGACGACAACAACAAACGGACCGAACUGUACUACUAAUGGCAGUAUGGUGUGUAGUAGCGUUAGUGCCACCGUAGCAUUCAUUGAUAUAAAAUCGGCAGCCAAAGCACAUAGCUCAGAGAAUAAAAUCGAAGAGCGUACACUUAAAACCGAUUAUUAUGAGCCUCAUAGGCAUAUCCAUCAACAUCAUAAUAAUGAUCUUUUGUCAUCAAAAUCGUUACAUAGUGGAACGACGACGACCAUUAUUACCAAUAAUAAUAAUAAUAAUACCAAUAAUGCUUCGACGGUUAUCAACGCUGCCUCAUCAUCUACAUCUUCCUCUUCGGGUUCUGCGGCAGUUUCGUCCACAUCAUCAUUAUCAUUAUCGACAGCCGUAGCGGCAUCAUCCUCAUCGACUGUCGCACCAGCAUCUUCAUCCACUUCAUCAUGUUCGUCAUCUUCCAACAACAACAAUAUCACCACCGGACAGCCAACAUUAUCGUUAGCGACAACGAAUGUAUCGCAACAAACAGCUGCUGCUGCAACAUCUUCGGGCACAGUUAGUAGCACGACAUCGGCUACAUCUUCCGCAACAUCUGCUGUUGCUGCCGCAUCAUCAUCUUGCACCUUGUCCUCAUCAUCAACAUCAGCCACCACAUCAUUGUCUUCGAAUGCUUCACUUUAUGGAAGGCAUACGCCCAGCAGGUAUAAUUCAAAUUCGACAUUAUCUCACGAAACUUCUAAUACAAACAAUAUCGUCAAUAAUACUAAUACUAAUAAUAAUUCAGUGCAAGCUUCAUCGACACAUCAUCAUAAUUGUGGUGUUGCUAGUUCAGGUGGUUCAUCAUCAACAUCAUCAUCAUCCGUCGGAGGAGGACAUCAAAAUUUUCCCGGUGUAUCUUCUUCUCCUCAAGAUGAUCGCUUGUCGAUUGCAUCAUCAAAUGAUCGUGAAGAUUUAAGACAAGCCACCACAGCAAUCUGUGUUCGAAAAUUAUCUCAUCGUUUAACUGGUUAG